AUGGAAAAUCUACUUAAGCUCCGGUUUGUAAGCAUUGGCCACAAUAUGCUUGGAAGUGGUGGCCCUGACGACUUGGGCUUUCUCACUUCGUUGACAACUGCCACCAGUUUGAGGAUGUUGGAUAUGGAGCAUAAUAAGCUUGGUGGAACUCUUCCUGCAUCCAUCAGCAACUUGUCGACAAACCUCGAACUACUCAAAAUAAAUUUGACGGGCAACGUCCCUUCAAGCAUGGGACAAUUCAAGAAUUUGUUAGAAUUGAAUCUAUCUGACAAUAAUCUCAGCGGUACCAUACCCCAAGAAGUUGUUGGUCUCUCGUCCUUGUCGGUGGGAAACUUAAAAAAUUUAGCCGCAUUGGAUGUUUUUGAGAACAUGUUAUCAAGUGAAAUUCCUGGCGCACUUGGGAGUUGUGGGAGUUUGGAAAUCCUCUACAUCUAG